AUGAAAGUCUUCCCGUACGGUCGCCAGCUCUCGCUCACGCUGCCUUUGCUGCUCCUCAAGGCGCAGCGGGGCCGCGCGCAGGCGCUGGGCAGCAUCAUCGGUGGCUCGGCCAGUGAAGGCGACUCGCUCUCGUUCGUGUGCCCGACCGGCGAAGUCAUUGGCAAGGUCUUGUUUGCGUCCUACGGUACGCCGACGGGUGGCCUCCCCAACUACGCCGUCGGCUGGUGCGACGCUGCCACGUCCAUGGCCGUUGUCCAGUCGGCUUGCAUCGGCAACAAAGCGUGUGACGUCGCCGCCGACAGCACGGUCUUUGGCGAUCCUUGCUUUGGGACGUACAAGCACUUGGACGUUGCCCUCCAGUGCGUCGACGAGAACGUCAUUGGCGGCAGCGCGUCCGAAGGCUCGUUGCUGCGCCUGCGCUGCCCAGCAAACCGCGUCAUGGGCGACGUGACCUUUGCUUCGUUCGGUACUCCCACGGGCGAGUUUCUCGACUAUCGUACGGGCACCUGCAAUGUCCCGACGUCCGAGACCACGGUCGCUACUCUCUGUACGGGCCACGCCUCGUGUGACCUCGCGGCGACCACCGAAGUCUUUGGUGACGCGUGUACCGAUGUCAACAAGCAUCUCAGCGUUCAGGUGGACUGUGUCGGCGCCAACACGGUCCAGGGCACGGUCCAAGAAGGCGCGGAGCUCGAGUUGGCGUGUCCCGCCGGCUCGAGCAUCACGGCCAUCAACUUUGCCUCUUACGGCACGCCCAACAACUACGUCCAAGGAUCGUGCGAGGCUGCGACGUCGCUCGAAGUUGUCACCGAGUCGUGCGUCGGACAGCCGUCGUGCCAGGUGGCUGCCUCGGACGAUGUGUUUGGGGAUCCGUGCCCGGAGACCGUCAUCAAGUCGCUGAGCGUGCAGGCCGAAUGCUCGGCUGGCCUCGCCCCGGGGAUCAUCCAAGCCACGGCCACCGACGGUGGCGCUGUCGUGCUCUCGUGCCAGCAAGGCGAGACCAUCAGCAACAUUGGCUUUGCGUCAUACGGCACGCCGACCAACUACGAGUCGUCGAGCUGGUGUGACGCGCCGUCCUCCGAGACCGUUGUCGCGGCGGCGUGCAUCGGGAAGAGCUACUGCAGCGUCGAAGCCAGCACGAGCGUGUUUGGCGACCCGUGCCCCGACACGGCCAAGAACCUCAACGUUCAGGCGCAGUGCUCGGACGCCAACUGGAUCGGCGGCUCGGUUGCCGAAGGCGCGUCGCUCGCGCUGGCGUGUCCGGCCAACCAAAACAUCGUGUCGAUCGAAUAUGCUUCGUACGGCACGCCGGCUGGGACGUACCCCAACUUUGUCUCGACGUGGUGCGACGCGCCGGACAGCGCCACUCAAGCUGCUGCCAUUUGCGUCGGCCACAACGCGUGCACGCUCGACGCCAACAGCGGUGUCUUUACGGACGCGUGUCCGGGUGUGGCCAAGCGACUCUCGGUGAUUGCCGAGUGCGUGGACGCGGACCUCGUCGGCAGCUCCACAUUGGAUGGCGAGUCGGCGACGAUCCAGUGUCCGCAAGGCGACUACGGCACGCCGACGGGCGAGUUUCCCGACUACGCCGCCGACCCGACGUGUGACGCAGCCGGUGCCGUUGCGACCGUCGGUGACCGGUGCAUCGGUGAGAACUCGUGCUCGAUCGACGUCCACAGCGGGACGUUUGGCGACGACCCGUGUCCGGGAGCCACCAAGAAGCUUGACGUGACGGCCAAGUGUGUGCCCAACAACAUCAUCGGCACGAGUGUCGGUGAAGGCAGCAGCGCGGCGCUGCAAUGCCCGGCUGGCACGUACAUCUCGGCCAUCACCUUUGCUUCGUUCGGCACAGCGACCGGCAUCUUCCCUGACUUUAGCGUCGACCCAACGUGCCACGCCAUCGACAGCAACUUUGUCGUCGGCUCCAGCUGCCUCGGCAAGAACUCGUGUACUGUGGCUGCGACCGCCGACAAGUUUACGACGGGCUCGUGCGCGGGCUCGACCAAGAGUCUGUCUAUCGUCGCCGAGUGCAUCUCGAACGACAUCAUCGGCACCUCGGUGCCGCAGGGUGCGGUGCUGCACUUGGGCUGCCCGGCCGGCAAGACGGUGCAGUCGAUCGACUUUGCGUCCUUUGGCAACCCCACCGGCCACGUCGGCUCGUUCGCCACCGGUACAUGCGACGACCCGAGCGCGGUGGCCAUCGUGCAGCAGGCGUGCCUCGGACAAGAGUCGUGCUCCGUGCCGGCCAACAACGCGUUUACGGACAACUGCUACGGCGUGCAAAAGCACCUCACCGUGCAGGCCACGUGCGCGACGCCGCCGCCGGACCCGCAGAUCAUCGGCGGGUCGGUGCCCGAACAUGGCACGCUCGAGCUCUCGUGUCCGGCAGGCCAGACCAUCGACGCCGUCUUGUAUGCGUCGUACGGUCUCUCGACCGGCGCGUUCCCCCGCUUUUUUCUCUGCCUCGGCCAGACCUCGUGCUCCGUGCCGGCCGAGAGCGCCACCUUCAGUAACCCGUGCGUCGACACGGACAAGACGCUGAGUGUCACGGCCCACUGCAAGGACACGGCGCCGGUCAUCGUGACGCCACCCAACCCGGACCCGGCCAUCAUCAGCGCGAGUGCCACGGACGGCAACACGCUCUCUCUGCAGUGCCCCGACAACUUUGUCGUCGGACCUGUGCUCUUCGCUUCGUACGGCACGUCGGCGGUACAGUUUGGUGUCCACACGGCCAGCUGGUGCGACGCACCGGCGUCCGAUCAGGCCGUGCAAGGCGCGUGCACUGGCCACAACUCGUGCUCGAUCGACGUCUCUCCCCAGGCGACGUACUUUGGCGAGGAUCCGUGCCCUGGUGUCGAGAAGCACCUCGCCGUCCAAGUGCAGUGCGUGGACCCUGACUUGAUUGGCGGUGUCGCGGCGGACGGCUCGUCGCUCGACUUGGCGUGUCCGGCGGGCGACGUCGUGGGCGAGAUCCUCUUUGCGUCCUACGGUAACCCCACGGGUGACGCGUCGCUCUUCCAGAAAGGCUGGUGCGACUCGAUGUACUCGACCGACGUCGUCUCGUCUCUGUGCCUCAACCAGGCGUCGUGCAGCAUCCCCGUCAACACGGGUGCGUUCAGCGACCCGUGCGUCAACACGGCCAAGUCUCUGGCCGUCAAGGCCAAGUGCUGGCCCGCGCCGGUGCCGACGCCCGACCCGAACCUCAUCGGCGGGUCGGUCGACGAGCAUGAGACGCUGACGCUGCAGUGCCCGACGCCCGGCUACGUCAUCGGCUCGGUCGAGUUUGCCUCGUUUGGUACGCCGACGGGGGAUACGCCAGCGACGUUUGCGAUCGGAGCGUGCGACGCCCAGCCGUCGGUGCCCGUGGUGUCAGCCCUCUGCGUUGGUCAAGCGCUGUGCGAGAUUUCCGCCGAGACUCCGGCUUUUGGUGACCCAUGCGUCGGGACGGACAAGCAGCUGAGUGUGGCGGUCGAGUGUAUCCCGGGCGACAUUGUGAGCGAUACGGCCACGGAAGGGUCUACCGUGGAUCUGCAGUGCCCGGCGGGCCAAGAGAUUAGCUCGAUUCUGUUUGCGAGCUAUGGCACGCCGACGGGAUCGUUCCCUGACUUUGCCGCGCCGUCGUGGUGCGACCGGGCGGGCGUCUCCGACUAUGUCUACCAGACGUGUGUCGGCUUGAACAGCUGCAGCGUGCUGGCCUCAUCGACGGAGUUUGGCGACCCGUGCGUUGGCAUUCUCAAGUCGCUGAGCGUCGCCGCUUCUUGCUCGCCGAUUGCGACGCCUGCCCCGACGCCCGAGCCGACACCGGAGCCGACGCCCGAGCCGACGCCCGAGCCGACGCCGACCCCGACGUCCAACUCGCAGUCGGGCUCGUCCAGCGCAACGCCGUCGCCGUCGGGCUCCAACACGGGAUCAGGCAGUGGCUCGACGACGCCGACCCCAACGACCCCGACUCCGUCAACGCCGGCGCCGACGACCUAUUCGGAAAGCAUCUUUGUCGUCGGCGGGAGCGUCACCGAAGGCUCGGAGCUGCGCCUCAUCUGUCCGCCUGGCAAGAAGCUCGGCUCGAUUGUGUUUGCGUCCUACGGCACGCCGACGGGUCUCCUUCUCAACUACGAGACGAGCACUUGUGACGCGCUCACGUCGCGCGAGAUCGUUGCGACGACGUGCAUCGGCCAGACGUCGUGCAUCUUGUCGGCGACCAACGGCAUCUUUGGCAACCCGUGCACGGGCGUCUACAAGUCGCUCAGCGUCGAGGCGCAGUGCGUCGACGACACGGACAGUCUCAUUGGCGGCACUGUGCCCGAAGGCCAGUCGCUGACGCUGAGCUGUCCGGAGGGCCAGAAGAUCUCGCUGGUUUCGUUUGCGUCGUACGGUACUCCGUCCGGCACCCUGGGCACGUUUGCGACCGUGCCGACGUGCGACGCUUUGCCGUCGGUGGGCGUGGUCGAGCAGCUCUGCAUCGGCGAAGCGUCGUGCACGGUGCACGCAGACAGCGGGCUCUUUGGGGAUCCGUGUGUCGGCGAAGACAAGACGCUGAGCAUCGCGGUGCAAUGCGCCAACAGCUACGCGCGCCGUCUUCGCAAGUAAACUCAAGCUGGCCGUCGCCAAGUGGCCGCUUGCCGAUAUCGUCCGCAUGUACAAAUGCAGACAAAGCGCUGAAUGGGAAUGAAUAUAUCUGUGUA